UUUCAGCUGGUUAUAAUGCAGUCAAAGUGGAUCUACGGAUUGCUGGUGUUUUUCCUCUGCAAAAGCAUCACAGGAUGGGCGGAUGUUGAAGGGCGUGUCAUAAUCGAAACGGACAGAACUGAUAUUCAAGAAUUGUAUUUGGAUGGUCCGUAUAGCCACUGUCCUAUUGAUUCCAGUGCCCAUGGUAUAUAUACAAUACAGGUAGGGGAACUAGAUCCCUUCCCAGUGUUCUGCAAUGCAAAGAUGGCGGGUCCUGGCUGGACUGUGAUCGCCCGUCGAACCAACAAGGAGCUGAAUUUCUUCCGCGACUGGGAUGGGUACAAGAGAGGAUUUGGUGACAUCACAGGCGACUUCUUCAUAGGAUUGGAUAAGCUGCACGCCAUUACAAAGUCACAGAACCAAGAGCUAUACGUACACCUGGAGGACUUCGAGGGGAACACGAGAUAUGCCAAAUACGAUGAGUUCCAUAUCGAAAGUGAAAAUCAAUUAUAUCGAAUGUCAAAGUUGGGCGCCUUCACUGGAGAUGCGGGUGAUUCAAUGAUUGAGAACAAAAAUCAAAAAUUUUCCACCUACGACAGGGACAACGAUAAUGAUAAGGUUAACUGUGCAGUUGAACGCAUGGGAGCCUGGUGGUACAACUGGUAUACCUGGCGUACCUGUACCCUUUUCGGCAUUUAUGUGAAUGGUACCGUAUCCAGCAUGAACAACAAGGGAAUAAGUUGGGUUUCUUGGGGCGGAUCUGGCUAUUCCUAUAAAUCAAUUCAAAUGAUGGUUCGUCCAAAGUGCUCUUGCCCUAUUAAGAAAUAA